AUGACUAUCAGCAUCUACGAGGAGUAUGCCAAGCUCAUGGAGCCUAAUGGCGAUGGUCACUAUCUAUAUAAACCUCAACCAUUUAGUAAGCUCCACCCCGGCGCGAUCGGGUACUUCGACAGUCAUGGAAAGUGGAACCUGAUUACCGAUAUUUCCGUGCCUGGAGAUCCUGAAAGCAAGGGAUUCACAGGGCUUGUUCAGCCCCUACGGCGUACAAAACCCGAUGAAAGCAUGUGGAAAACCAGAUCCUCGGGAAGUGAAGCUGAGGCAAGCUUCGGGCUCACUGGAGGACUUUCAGGGGCCCUGACUGCUGCCCCUAUGGAUGUAUCAGCUAAUGCAAAGAACAAAUGGGGCAAGACCGGCAAAGCGGCUCUUAUCACCGAGCAGGUAGUGAUAAACGAAGGUUUUGAGAACCCUUUCACACAGCCGAUGGAGGAAUGGGUCAAGAAAAAUGCCAAGGCUCUUGUGAGCUCCAUCCAUGGUGCCGAUAUCAAAAGGUACGGCCUGUGGGCUAUCCAAAAGACAUGGUCAACCCCGGAGUGUGCCAUUACUAUGGAAAGCGCGCAUAGCAGGGACACCAGCGCGGGUUUGGACCUUGGAGCCACUGGUGUUGGGAAGAUUGGAGGUAGUGGAUCGUCCCUUGCAAAGGCCAACGUUGAGGGCUGGUCGACGUACAAAGCGGAUGAGGACGACAUAGCAUACGUCGUCUCGUACUCCGGACCUAUCUACAGGCUUCACACCCUCCCAGCCCUCCGUAAGAAUCCACUCAAGAUAGUCCAGGAACAGGCUGCGGAUGGUACCGAGUACUGCAAAUUCGUUUACGAUGAGAACGGAAACCAGACCGGAUUUGAGUACUUCAGACCUGUGUAUGACGAGAGCGGGAAGCAGAUCGGAGAGGAGAAGAUCGACAAAGAAGCCGAGAAGCAACAGCGGGAAGAGGAGGGGAAGAGAAUAGAAGAAGAGGACAACCUGCUUGAAGAAGACAUCGUUAUCGAGACCGCUGGUACUGUUGGAAUGACUAAUAGUGACGAAGCAGACGAGGAGGCAGCUCGUGUCGAGGAAGAAGAGGGCAAGGAAUUCAAGGAAAGGCUUGCAGCGAUAAGUCAGAUACCGGAUGAAAAGCAGAAGAAGGCUGAGAUGCUCAAGUUGAUGAACGAGAGAAUGACGGUAACGACCACAUUUGAGACCAUAUCCAUGACAGAUGUAUGA